CUUUUAUUUUGGUCUGGCGAUAUGACGUCAUAAAGCCGCGUCGCGCUGCUGCGUCUGUGAAUCAGCUGAAGAAAGAAAACCCCCUGGUGAAGCAACCGAGAUCCACGUGAUCCACGCACUAUUAUUAAGAUGGCGUUAAUUAAGGAGGAGAGUGAAGACAUUAGGAUUGAAGAAGCAUUCAGUGUGAAACAAGAAGAUACUGAGGAACAAAUAGACCCUAUGUCACUAAAGAAGGAGAGUGAAGUCCUAAAUGAAAUGGAAGAGAAAUAUCAGAAUGAGAAACAUGGAGAAAAAUCUUUUAGUUGCACAAAGACUGAAAAGACUUCCUCACAAAACCGAACUCAAAAGUCAGGAACUAGUUAUUUCAACUGCUUUCAGUGCGGAAAGAGUUUCAGUCAGCACGAAAACCUUAAAGCCCACAUGAGAAUUCACAAUGGUGAGAGCCCUUUCGCCUGCCAGCAGUGUGGAAAAAGUUUUACUGAAAAUGGAAGCCUUAAAAGGCACAUGAGAAUCCACACUGGUGAGAAGCCUUUCAGCUGCCAAGAAUGUGGAAAAAGUUUCACUCAAAAAGGAACCCUGAAAAGGCACAUGAGAAUCCAUACCGGAGAGAAGCCUUACUCCUGCAAACUGUGUGGAAAAAGCUUUAAAGCAGAACUAAAUAUCAAGUAUCACAUGAAAAUUCACACUGGAGAGAAGCCUUUCAUGUGCCAUCAGUGUGGAAAAAGUUUUAGACAUAAUGUAAGCCUCAAGACUCACAUGAAAAUUCACACUGGAGAGAAACCUUUCACGUGCCAUCAGUGUGGAAAGUGUUUCAGACAUAAUAUAAGCCUCAACACUCACAUGCGAAUUCACACGGGAGAGAAGCCGUUCACAUGUGAUCAGUGUGGAAAGAGUUUCAGAUGUAAAGUAACCCUUAAUUGCCACAUGAAGAUUCAUUCAAGAGAGAACUGUUUUAUAUGUCAACAGUGUGGAAUGAGUUUUACAGAUCUAGAGCGUCUAAACAGCCAUGAAAUAAUUCACUCGGGAGAGAAUCCUUUCAAAUGUCAUCAGUGUGAAAGGAUUUUCCAAUUCAAAAAAUCCCUUAAGGCUCACAUGAGAAUUCACACCGGAGAGAAGCCGUACACAUGCCCUCAGUGUGGAAGGUGCUUUACAUAUAAAGCAACACUUGAUUCCCACAUGAGGAGUCACACUGGAGAGAGCCCUUACACCUGCAAACUGUGUGACAAAAGCUUCUCACACAAUGGAAAUCUAAAGACUCACAUGCGAAUUCACACUGGAGAGAAGCCAUUUAUAUGUGUUGAGUGUGGAAAGAGUUUCACACGUAAAGAAAGCCUUAAUUACCACAUGAGGACUCACUCGAGAGAGAUCUGCUUUGUGUGUCAUCAGUGUGGAAAGAGUUUUCCAGACCAGAAACGCCUUAAGAGGCAUGUCAUAAUUCACGCUGGUGAAAACACUUUGAUGUGCCAUCACUGUGGAAAGAGUUUCACACAUAAAGGAAACCUAAAGACUCACUUGAGAAUUCACACUGGAGAGAAACCUUUCAUGUGCCAUCAGUGUGGGAAAAGUUUCAGUCAUAAAGUGAGCCUCAAGACUCACAUGAGGAUUCACACUGGAGAGAAACCUUUCACGUGCCAUCAGUGUGGAAAGAGUUUCAGGCAUAAUGUGAGCUUUAAGACUCACAUGAAGAUUCACACCGGAGAGAAGCCUUUCACAUGCCAUCACUGUGGAAAGUGUUUCAUGUUUAAAGGAAACCUCAAGACUCACAUGAGAGGUCAUGCUGGAGAGAGGAGUUUUACAUGUCAAAGAGACCUCAAA